ACGGCCUAAACAAGUUCUAUUAAUUUCCUUCAAGCGGAAGUUUCAGUCUCUACCAGGUAAAGUAGUAAGACUACUGGUAUUUAGGACCACCAGUUCUUUCCGCGUUGAAUCCCAUCAUUCUGUAUUUAUAUAUGUAUAUUGUAGCAGAGAAGAGAAGAGGAGCAAAUAAAAAAUAAAAAAAAAUUGCUUCCGGCGUAACCCAACUGCAAUCUGAAUUAUAAAUGAAUGCGUGCAAGCUAUUUGUUCAUAAUCUAUACCCACCACCACCACAAUUUCUUGGGGUGCUUAACGGUUUCGAUUCACUUUAAGCUUCUUCGUUCCUUAUCAGCCUCAAUCUUUGUCUUUGCACCAUUACAUUUAUUCCUUUAUAUAUACACAAUCAUUUUCUUCUUUUUCUAUAAACUCGUAACUACGUAUUUAGAUUAUCCAAUAAAAUCUCUUUUUCUGUCUUGGAGUACUGUUUAUCUCGGAUCUAUUUCAAUCAAGGUUUUGAUUCUCCAGUCAUUUUCUAUCAGAUUUGGGAUCAUGGGAAGCCAUAUGAGCAAGAGGCCUGGGGAAACUUCGAGUGCAAUCAACAAUCUGCAAUUAGCAACUGAUCUGAAUUCAUAUGAAGAUGCUUGCAGGGUCGACGUAGAUUUACAGUCCUUUGAUAGAACUCUCCAAGCACGAACCAACAACGUUAUCAAUGCUCUUGCUGUCGGGGUUGAGGUUAGAGCCCUGUCGUUUGAUUCCUUGAAGGAAGUCACAGAAUGUCUGUUGGAGAUGAAUCAGGAGGUUGUUAAAGUUAUCUUGGAUUGUAAGAAAGACAUAUGGAAGAAUCAAGAAUUAUUCGAGCUAGUUGAGGAGUACUUUGAGAAUAGCCUCAAGACUCUAGACUUCUGUACUGCAUUGGAGAAGUGUUUAAAGCGUGCUCGUGAUAGUCAAUUGCUUAUUCUUGUGGCGCUUCAACAAUUUGAAGAAGAAGCCAAGGCGGAAGGGAACAUUAAGUACACUAAGACAUUGGAGGAGCUGAAGAUUUUCAAGAAUGCUGGUGACCCUUUCACAGAAGAAUUCUUCCAAAUUUUUCAAUCUGUUUACAGGCAGCAACUGCACAUGUUAGAAAAGUUGCACAUGCAAAAGGGCAAGCUUGAUAGGAAGCUUAAAUCUAUCCAUGCUUGGAGAAAGGUCUCAACCGUUAUAUUUGCAGCUACAUUCGCGGCUGUUCUAAUUUGCUCGGUGGUGGCUGCUGCUGUGGCUGCACCACCUGUGGCUGCUGCUCUCACCGCUGCAACUUCCAUUCCGUUAGGAUCAAUGGGAAAGUGGAUUGAUUCCCUUAUGAAGAACUAUGAAGAUGCAGUCAAAGCUCAGAAAGAUAUCCUUACCUCUAUGAACGUGGGCACUUUUGUAACUAUUAAGGAUUUGGACAGCAUUAGGGUUCUAAUUGAUCGUUUGGAA